GGUCUUGCUCCUGGUGUGGGUUAGCUUUCUGUUUCCGGUCACGUGCUCCUCUGCCGAGCUGCCUGGCCGCCCCAUGGCCCGGGAGGAGGCGGCGGCAACGGCGGCUAGGAGUUCUUUGCGCUGUGAGCGAGGAGGCGUUUGGGCUUCGGUGCCCUGGUUCUUUUGAAGAGAGCGUGUCUGUAUCUCCUGCAGGAACAAGAGGAACUAGUAGUAACACCCCGGGCUCUCCGGAGCUGUGCUCACGAAUGAAAGGGUGGAAUUGACAUGGGGCUUCCACUUUUUGCAACAUCCUUGUUGUAAUCUGCAGUUAACUGGGUAAUCAGCUUUAGUUCAGAGAACAAAGAAAUUGGUUCAUCUUUCUUUUAGAGGAUCCUACAGCCACAAUGGCAACAUCUUCUGAAGAAGUUCUACUAGUAGUAAAGAAGGUGCGUCAAAAGAAACAAGAUGGGGCUCUUUAUCUUAUGGCUGAAAGAAUAGCCUGGGCACCUGAGGGAAAAGAUCGAUUCACAAUCAGCCAUAUGUAUGCAGACAUAAAAUGUCAGAAAAUCAGUCCUGAAGGAAAAGCUAAGAUUCAGCUUCAGUUGGUACUGCAUGCAGGAGAUACAACCAACUUCCAUUUCUCUAAUGAAAGUACCGCAGUAAAAGAGAGAGAUGCAGUAAAGGAUCUUCUUCAGCAGCUAUUACCCAAGUUCAAGAGGAAAGCCAAUAAAGAACUUGAGGAAAAAAACAGAAUGCUUCAGGAAGAUCCUCUUUUGUUCCAACUUUAUAAAGACCUUGUUGUGAGUCAAGUGAUCAGUGCUGAGGAAUUCUGGUCCAACCGUCUAAGCAUAAAUGCCAUGGAUAAUGCUACAGUAACUAAUAAGCAGGAAGUGGGCAUUUCAGCUGCUUUUCUGGCUGAUGUUCGACCUCAAACAGAUGGGUGCAAUGGCCUGAGAUAUAAUUUGACUUCAGAUAUCAUUGAAUCUAUAUUUAGGACUUAUCCAGCAGUGAAACUGAAAUAUGCAGAAAAUGUUCCUCACAAUAUGACGGAGAAAGAGUUCUGGACGCGAUUUUUCCAGUCUCACUAUUUCCAUAGGGACCGGCUGAAUGCAGGAUCAAAAGACCUUUUUGCAGAAUGUGCCAAAAUGGAUGAAAAGGGUUUAAGAACAAUAGUGUCUCAAGGAGUGAAAAAUCCUUUAUUAGAUUUAACAGCUUUGGAAGAUAAAUCCUUAGAUGAAGGUUAUGGUAUUUCUUUGGCACCUUCCACUUCCAACUCUGCAAAAUCAAUAAAGGAGAGUAGCAAUGCUGCCAUUAUAAAACGCUUUAACCAUCACAGUGCCAUGGUUCUUGCAGCUGGCCUCAGGAAACAAGAAGCACAAAAUGAUCACUACAGUGAGACCAGCAGUAUGGAUGGAAAUUCCAGGGAUUCUGAUUUCUUUCAGCCGCCAGUAAAAAAGGUAAAGCUGCAAGAGUCCAUUGAAUAUGAAGAUUUGGAAAACAACAACAGCAUUAAAACUAUUGCACUAAACUUAAAGAAAUCAGAUAGGUAUUAUCAUGGUCCAACACCAAUUCAGUCACAGCAAUAUGCAACUAGCCAUGAUAUUAUUAAUUCUUUGUAUAGUAUUAGAGAAGAAAUGGAAGUCUACGUACCCAAACUAACUCAGGUUCUCUCAAGCGGUGCUGCAAGUAGUACUAUCACAGCCCUGUCACCUGGAGGAGCACUUAUGCAGGGUGGAACACAGCAAGCCAUAAAUCAGAUGGUGCCAAAUGAUGUUCAGUCUGAACUGAAGCACUUGUAUGUGGCAGUUGGAGAGCUGUUACGACACUUCUGGUCCUGCUUUCCUGUUAACACACCAUUCCUAGAAGAGAAGGUUGUGAAAAUGAGGAGUAGUUUGGAAAAAUUUCAAGUUACAAAACUCUGUCCAUUCCAAGAUAAAAUUCGAAGACAGUAUUUAAGCACAAAUCUGAUAAGUCACAUAGAAGAGAUGCUGCAGACAGCCUACAAUAAAUUCCACACCUGGCAGUCCCGGCGUAUGCUGAAAAAGACGUGAAGACAUAGUGAUGGCAAAAUUUAUGAGUGGGAAGAAUUUGCAAUAGCUGUAGGAACACAACUACUCAGUGUGUAGAUCUUACAGACAUUGCAGGGAAAGUCAGCAUCAUGUGGACUGUUGAAAAUGAUGCUAACUGAACCUGCAGACUUUUUGGAAAGAGGUCAAACUUGAAAACUAGGGCGUUAAAAGGAACCAAACCAGAAGAGCUAAGUGGCAAAAAAAAGUCUAUAUAUAAAAAGACACUGUUUACUGCAGUUACUCAGGAACUGCUUUUGAUUUUCGUAAAGAGCUGCUUUCAGAAAUAAAACUUUAAAAGGGUGUAUUAAUAAAAUCCAAGAUUGUUUGUCUAGUUUUUUAAAGUGUAUCACACAGGGUAGAACUUAACAUUUCUUUCUUCACUGUAUCCUGGCAUUUUAUUGAAUUCUGUUUGUACUUCUAGAAACAAGUUUAACAUUUUAAAUAUAAUGGAGGGAGUGUUUUGCCUCAAAUUCCCUAAGAGCAUAGAUGCUCUAAGAUGUGUUUUUGCCAGGUUUCCCUACAAAUCAACAGCCAAUGCACUGAAAAAGUUUGGUGUUCAAAGGAGACACACAUGACAGAAAGUGCAAAAUUUUAUGCAGGAUUUUUACUAGCCAUUAAUUGCAUGUUUUCCUUUGAGUGUGUGUGCUACUGCAGGUUUUUUUUUUAAGUAUGACAUUAGUUUGGAAGCGAAAAAUAAUUUUUAAAGUAAGCUUAAGCUUACAGAAGUAAUAACUUUUUAUAUCUUUAAAAAAGAACUAUCUUUAAUGUGCUUUUCUCAGUUCUCUCCUGAUGACUGUUAGCGCUAUAUUUGGCGACUAGAUAAUCAUUGAAGAGUGAAUUUACAGUACUUUAGAUAUAUUUGGAAUCUGUACCACAUUCUGGUCCAAACAGGAGACAAUUCACUCUUACCUAAGAUGUACCUGCCAUGUAUUAAAUACUUGACUUAUUAAAACAAAGUAAACUUGUUUUAUAUAGUCCAUGGAGUCAGACUCCUUAUAUUUUGUUGUCUUAAUGUCUUCCUCAUUAACGGUUUUUCCUAGGACCAAUCAAAUCGCUUAGAUAAUGUGCAAUGAGAUGUAUUGACAUUUCAUGAAUGAUUUAUUCCCUCAUAAACUAUGGCUUUUAGUGGCAGUGGUUGGAAUUCAGUGGAAAUAUAGCAACUGUGUUCAUGCCCAGAAAGGAUUAUUAAGGGAACUGGAAUUGUAUUACUAAUUUAAAGUGUACUGGCAUGAAGAAUUGCUUCCCAUCUUCAGUGUUCAUGCGUUCUAGUACUCACCAGUUUGAAUCAGAAGAGUUUCUCCUUGUGUAAGAGUGUGUAUGUAUGUACAUGCUUACACAGUGCAUUUCAUUGAUUUGAAAUUUUGCAACAAUCAGAAUAUUGAGCAGGCCACUGUAUCUAUAUGAAAAUAUUAUGGAGUAGAUGUAAGGCAUUAUUUUUAAACUUGACGCUGCUUGCCUUUUCAAAGAGGCUGCAUGUUGCUGUCUGCUACAGAAAAGGAAAACAUGUUGUUUUGAUGUUAGACCCAAAAGAUUAAGUGAUUUGUGAAAAGCUGCAAUUAAUCAUGAUAAUAAAAACUGAUGCUGCUAUGGGAAUUCCAUUUGGCUCUGAAAUAUGGCUCUGGUAGUAUGUGAUUACUUGUAUCCUUGGGUAAGCUACUCAAGGAAGUGUAAUUAAUUCUAAUGAUCUUGUUGGCAUUGUACCGGUGAUAGAUUUGAACUACACAUAUCUUUGAGCAUCACCUCUUCAGCAAAGUUAGUAUUUGCCUGCAUGUUUAAACUCCUUCAACACAUUCUCAGAUUAAGAACUCCUUUGGUUAGGCUUGAAGGCUACAUUGACAUGCACACAUUCUAGUUGAUCUUGCAGCUGCGGAGGUAUAAGAAAAAAUACUUUGCACAAUUCUUGGAGCAAUAAUUAGCGGAUGUGAAUUAUAAAGCUGGGUUUAGUUGAAAUUAUUGUUCGGAAAGGUAACUAGAGGGACGGUCAUUUGGUAAAGCAUCUCCUUCCUGAUAUUUUGGAUUGUUGUAAAUGUACAAGGUUUUGAAGAAAACCAUAGUUGUAGAAAUAUUCCCAAGCAGACCUAAGCACUUUGAAUGUCAUUUUUAAUUAUUUGACAAACAAGAACCCUAAGAUUUUUCCUAUUAGGAGAUGGCGAUAACAAUUUUCAUGCACACUUUCUUUAGAGAGCACUUCUCUAUCCUUGCCGUCCUACCUACACUGAGUACUUGAGCAUGGUCCAAAACUAUUGAGUGAUGGUAGCUUGGGUUUGUUUUUGGUUAACCCAUACAGUCUUUGGAAUCUGAAGCAGAAUUUGUAUUUAAUAGAAACUCAUAGCUUGUAUCACUGGCAUUGAUGAAAAGCUGUAGAAUAAACCUGAAUUCUGUAGUCGUCUUGUUAA